AUGGUACCCCCUCCUACCUAUCCAUAUGGCAUGCCCGCUUGGUAUAACCCACAAGCUGUCUGUGCUUAUCAUUCAGGGGCACCCGGACAUUCGACUGUUGAUUGCAAGGCUCUUAAGCAUAGAAUUCAAGAUAUGAUUGAAGCCAGAGAGAUUGUAAUUAGGAAAAAGGAGGCACAAGGGACGAAUAUAAAUAGGAACCCCUUGCCUGAACACGCUAAUACCAUUGGGGUCAUUCUGGACGACGCAGAGUAUGAGGAGCAAGUCCAGAAAUUGGCAAGGGAAGCUGAGGUGUUUGGGGUCACAGACCAACCAUUUAUAAUGGAGGUGCCAUUUGAGGAGGAUAAAAGACCUUUUAUUUUGGAUCUCACUCUAGCUGAGAGCAAGGCUUUGGAGCCAGUGGUCAUCGAAUUCCCAGAGCAGGAGCCUGUUUUGAGUUUGCAGCGAGUGCCGUGGAACUACGAUGAACCUGUCAUACAAAUUGGAGAAAAGUCAAUUGCCAAAGAAGAGGUGUCAGUGGUCACCAGAUCUGGGAGGAUUGCAAGUCCGUUUGGAGCUACCGUUCCGAUUCAAGUAAAUAACCCCGAGCUGCCUGCUAAACCAACAGUUACUGAGAAGGAAGCCUUGGAUUUUCUUAAAAGGCUCCAAAGAAGUGAAUAUAUUGUAGUCGAGAAGCUAAGCAAGUCGCCCGCCCAAAUAUCCAUGUUGGAUCUGCUCUUUUCUUCGGAUAUGCAUAGGGAUGCGUUGCUCGAAAUGCUGACCAAAGCUCAAAUCCCUAAGGACAUUUCGGUUGCUAAUUUCUCACAUGUGGUUGGGAGUGUGUUAUUUACAAAACAAAUUACUUUCUCUGAUGAUGAAUUACCGGCAAAAGGCAUUGGACAUAACAAGGCUCUGUACAUAGCUGUGAGUUGCAACGGGAAAAUUUUGCCAAAGGUGUUGAUUGACAAUGGAUCUGCGCUUAAUAUCUGCCCUUGGAGUACCUUGGAAAAGCUAGGGUUGCAAGAUAUCAAGCUGAGGCCCUCAGGGACCAUAGUUAGAGGUUUUGAUGGAGCACGAAGGGAACCUAUAGGAGAAGUGGAUUUAGUCAUCGAGAUGGGGCCCGCACAGUUUCAGAUAGCUUGCCAAGUCAUGCAUUUUCCUAGUGUUUAUAAUGUUUUGGUUGGAAGGCCGUGGAUUCAUAAGUCCGGAGCUGUGCCUUCUUCAUUGCAUCAAUUGUUGAAAUUCAUAGUAAAUGACAAAUUGAUAACUAUCUUUGCCGAGGAGGAUUGCCUCGUGAUUGCUGAUUCUGGGUCCAAAGAAGAUGGUAGCCGAAGCGCCAUAGUAACCCCUCAUAGCACAGCUGAUAUCGUCUCCGUAAGUUGGAUAACAAAAGAGGAACGAGCUUUGUCAAAGGCCAGUGUCAUGAUGGCUAAGGAAAUGAUCCGCGGAGGAUAUGAGUUUGAUAAAGGGCUGGGACGUGAUCUGCAAGGAAUUCUGAAGCCAGUGAAAAUUGUGGAGAAAAAGGAUUCAUUCGGUUUGGGUUUCCGACCAACCGCUAGAGACAUCAAAGAAAUGAAGGAAUGCAAGAGAGCAGAGAAAGAAGGCAGGCCAAGGGCCCUUGAUAUUCCACCACUGCAUUAUACUUUUCCACGACCGACCGAGGUGAUCACAUCAGAGAUUAACCCAGUUGACGGAAUCGAAACUAGUUUGGCCCAAUUGUUCGUUGGGGCGACAUUUGAAGACAGUUUCCCAGCUGAGGCCGAGUUUCCCGACGUCCCUGAAGGAUCCAUUUCCAAUUGGACAGCCGAGUUUCUGCCCAUUCGGAAGGAGUUUUCAGAUGGCCAAAAAUAA